ACAAAAGAAUUUUCUCGGAAGACUUGUCUAUGAUGUUCUUUUCCGUUCAUUUCUUGGUGUAAAACCAAAGUCUAAUCCUUUUGUUUGAAUGAAAUCUUAUCUCUCAACGUGAGAGAGAUGUUUAUUUAUUGAGGAAAAUGGAAUACAAGUUAGUUAUUUAGUAACUAACUAAGUAGUCAUAACAAUUAUAACAGUAAACUAGUUGACAGUAGGCUGUAGAUGUUUAGGCUAUUUGAAUUACACCUUUUCUUUUACUACUCCUGGACAAUUGUUCUAGGAACCUAAUCUUUGGUUCCCCGUCCUUCUGCAUGCCAAUUCAGAAUGUGGUCUGUGAUGGUAUUUCAGUACUUACUCUGUUUGCUGGUUCUUGCUCUUCUUUGGAUUGUGAGCUCUGCAGAACGUUUGAUUCUUAUAUCCUCCAUUCUAGGAAUUCAGCCAACUUCGCAGAGCCUCUGGCAGAGUAAUGCAAUUAAUAGUGCACUUGUGCUGAAGAUAUGAAAGCCUGAGGUCACUCAUGAACCACAUUCCCUGGAUGAGAACAUAAUUGAAAUUUAUUUUGGCCGUCAGGUGGUUUCCUCUCCCCUCCUCCUCCUCUUCUUCUUCUUCUUUUCUCUCUCUUUUUGUAUUUUAUGAUUUCUUUUAUGAAUUGGUGUUAAAUGGAAUACAACUUCGUUUGCUAGAAUACCAUGCCAUUGAAGUCGGGAACUAGUCAGAAAUAUUAUUAUUGCAUCACUGUCCUAAUGUUGAUUUUCUUCCUUCUAUUUGAGUUAAAUUGUGGGAAUUUCAGGAUUUCUAUUUUGGUUGCCCGUUUCCAGUUGGUAGCAGAAGAUUCUUGCUGUUUACCGCUACUGCUUGUCACAGUGCAAAGUCUCUUCAAACAAGUGGUUCAGCUUUUAUUCAUUUUGUGGAGUGGAGCUAUUGGCUUGAGGAGCAUGAUCCCUGUGAGCUUUUCACAAUUUCGGUACUUUAGUUGUGGUUUCUACUAUGAAUUACCAUCUUUAAGCAUGGGCCUGCCAGUCAUUCUUAAUAAUAACUACAUUCCCUACCACAACCGAAACAGAAUAUUCUUUUACAUGAAUCUUUGUUUCUCCCUUCGUCAAGUUCACAUUUGCCUUAAGAGUUGUGGUGCUGCAUCUUGAGGUACCUUUUUGGUGGAGAGUAAAGGUUAUGUGAUGGGUUGCUUCUUUUAUUAAAUCCAUUUUAAUAACUGCACCUGAGGUCCUGAAUAAUUGGAAAAAAAUGUGGUUAGCUAUGGCAGGGACACCAUAUUUUGUCGUUUUCUUUUAUUUAUUUACUUUGGUUAUCUGUUCCCGAGUUCAUGUGAGUUUGUUUAUAUCUCUGUUUCUGCUUCCCUUCCUAUCUGGUUAAUUCAACGGUGAACAAGACUAUUAACUAUCAAGGGUUGACCUAGUGGUAAAUAGGAGUAUGACCUUGGUAAAAGGUGAAGAUGUCAUAGAUUUAAUCCAUGAUGGCCACCCACUUAAGGUUUACUUUAUUUCAAUCAUCAUUUAGUCUUGAAAUUCUUUGUUACAAUUUCUCAAUUUUUGAAAUUCCCUGAUAACUUUUUGCUUGUGUAUUUACUUAGUAUGAACCUAUGUUUAUAGGUAAUUUUAUUUGUAACAAAAGAAUUUGAGUUGUCAAUCUCAUUUUGUUCACCUUAUGUUGGUUAUCUCUAACAUGUCAUGUCUCUACUACUUGAAACCCUGAAUACAUUCUCAUUUCAAAUCGUCCACAGGCAAAAGGAAAGUUGCUAUCUUUAAAGGACCAGGCCUCUGAAACUCCAUGACGUCUUGACUCCAGCCUGAUAGGUGUGGUUGAAUUUGCAUCUCCGUCGUGAGAGAAAUAAUUGCUGUAGUCAAUGGCCAUAAAAGAAUGUCCAGCAUACAGUAAGCGCUACCAAUAAGUUGAAAAUGUCUUCAAAAUGUGUAAAGAGGUAAAAAAAACAGCAGCAAUUGCUUCAAGAAAAUAGAUAUUGUUGGUGAGAGGGAUGGUGGAAGCAGAAGAAAAUGAAACCUUAUAAUUUCUUUCUAGUUUUAUCCUCUGUUCUGAUUGAUGAUCUUGUUUUAACCUAUGAAGAUGUUCGAGCUUCCUACAAUCUUAUCUGUUGCUUUAUUUACCAUUCAUUAUAUUAUUGACUCAUCUGUCUGGCUUUGGCCAUUAGAAAGAAUAAAGUUUUGUACCAUUUCUUUCAACUUUUCUCAGAAAAACGGGAGUGGUUUCAAAGUUAUGGCUGCUGCUAAAUCGAAGUUGAACUCAACUUCUAAGUGUAGAUAUCUUAUUUACUAGGCUAUAUUUGAAUAGAUGAUGAUGACACGCCUAGAUGUUGAACAAUGGUUGUU